CCGGCCGGCCCCACGCCGCGCCCGGAGCCUACCCCGCGGCCGGUGGCAGGAGACGCGGGUCUCGAGCCCCGCAGGCUGCUCCCAGCCGGCCUAAGCAAGCCCCCGCGGAGAUGGCGGCGCCCUAUCCCAGUGGUGGCGGCGGAGGGGAGGUCAAAUGCGGGCGAGGCUGUGGCAGCAGCGUCCCGUGGGACUUUCUGCCGGGGCUUACGGUCAAGGCCGCGCCCGGACCCUGCUUGCAGGCGCAGCGCAAGGAGAAGUCCCGUAACGCGGCGCGCUCGCGGCGCGGGAAGGAAAACCUGGAGUUCUUCGAGCUGGCCAAACUGCUCCCGCUGCCCGGCGCCAUCUCGAGCCAGCUGGACAAGGCGUCCAUCGUGCGCCUCAGCGUCACCUACCUCCGCCUGCGCCGCUUCGCCGCGCUCGGGGCGCCUCCCUGGGGGCUGCGGGCCGCGGGGCCGCCGGUCGGCCUCGCCCCAGGCUGCAGGGGCCCCGUCGCGCUGGUCUCGGAAGUCUUUGAGCAGCACCUGGGAGGACACAUCUUACAGUCCCUGGAUGGCUUCGUCUUUGCCUUGAACCAGGAAGGGAAGUUUCUCUACAUCUCCGAGACUGUCUCCAUCUACCUGGGCCUCUCACAGGUGGAGCUGACGGGCAGCAGCGUCUUCGACUACAUCCACCCCGGGGACCACUCCGAGGUGCUGGAGCAGCUGGGGCUGCGGGCUCCGACGCCCGCGCCCCCCACCCCGCCCUCCGUCUCCUCCUCGUCCUCCUCCUCGUCUUCCUCCUCGCUUGCGGACACCCCUGAGAUCGAGGCCAGCCCCUCCGAGGGCCCCCCCUCCUCCCGAGUCCAGGAGCGCUCCUUCUUCGUCCGCAUGAAGUCCACCCUCACCAAGAGGGGGCUGCACGUCAAGGCUUCAGGGUACAAGGUGAUCCACGUGACUGGGCGCCUUCGGGCCCGCGCGCUGGGCCUGGUGGCCCUCGGCCACACGUUGCCCCCAGCCCCCCUGGCUGAGCUGCCGCUACACGGACACAUGCUAGUCUUUCGUCUCAGCCUGGGUCUCACCAUCCUUGCUUGUGAGAGCAGAGUCAGCGACCACAUGGACCUGGGGCCCUCGGAGCUGGUGGGCCGCAGCUGCUACCAGUUCGUCCAUGGGCAGGACGCCUCCAGGAUCCGCCAGAGCCACCUGGACCUGCUGGACAAAGGCCAGGUGAUGACCGGCUACUACCGCUGGCUGCGGCGCGCCGGGGGCUUCGUGUGGCUGCAGUCGGUGGCCACCGUGGCCGUGAGCGGGAAGAGCCCCGGGGAGCGCCACGUGCUCUGGGUCAGCUAUGUGCUCAGCCAAGCUGAGGGUGGCCACACCCCUCUGGACACCUUCCAGCUCCCAGCCGGAGAGGACCUGUCCAGCCCCGAGCCAGAGCCACCAGAGCCGGAGCUGCCCGUGAAAGGGAAGCAGGCUGCACCCCGGGACCAGGAUGAGGCCCCCUCAACCCGGAGCAAACGCAUAAAGCUGGAGCCCGGCCCCCGGGAGCCUGAGGGGCCGCAGGCCGGUGGGGACGAGGAGCCGCGCAGAGACCCGGCCCCGUCGCGGCCCGAGUUCACCUCCGUCAUCCGGGCGGGCGCCCUGAAGCAGGCUCCGGUGCGGCCCUGGGGCCUGCCGCCCUCCGGGGAGCCGCCAGCGGCCGUCUUCCACGCCGGCUUCCUGCCGCCCGCCGUGCGGGGCCUGUGCGCACCCGGCGCCAUCCGCUACGGCCCCGCGGAGCUGGGCCUCGUGUACCCGCACCUGUCGCGGCUGGGCCCGGGCCCCGGCCUGCCCGACGCCUUUUACCCCGCCCUCGGCCUGCCGUUCCCCCCCAGGGUGCCGCGCAAGGGGGACUGAGAAUCCGGGGCGCCGUCUACGGAGCCGCCCCUGGGGAGCAGGGCGGGGGGCGCAGAGGGGACAAGGCCCCGCGGCCUAGAGAAUUAAACGCCUGCUCCCCGGGCU